AUGAGCGCAACUCCGAAGACAUCGACGCCGACGAUUUCAUCGGUUGCCGUCGCGUCUUCUGCCCACAAAACUGCUCGGCAGGCGAUGGAGCCGCUCAAGGACACUGUCACCCUCAGCCGUCUCGUGGACGUGCUCUUGUUUCUUGGGCCGAGCGGGUGUGGCAAGUCCACAAUGAUUCAGCGACUGCAGCGCGACUGGCCCAUGCUAUUUGAGUUCAGUGUGAGUCACACAACCCGUUGCCCGCGGCGUGGCGAGGUAGAUGGGCAGCACUACCACUUUAUCACCAUGGAGGAGUUCCAGAAGCUAAUCGACUCGGGUGCCAUGAUUGAAUACUCUCGACUCUGCCUGCCGAAAACGUCGUCGACGACGCCUCCGCAGAGUCAGCCAGUCGGUAAUCUCUACGGGACUAGCAAGAAAGCUCUGCAUACGGUGCUCGAGCGCAACCGCGUCGUACUCAUGGACACAGAUCUGCUUGGCGCAAUCAGCAUUAGGCGCUACUGUGCUCGCGAGGUGGUGAACGUGAGGCCUGUAACCGUUUCGCGAUCGAAGCGCAGUAUGGCGCAGCAGGGCGGUGGUGCCGCUCCCGCCGCUCAGUCCCCACUAACCCUCUCCCCAUCUUCUCUUGCACCUGUGCUCCUGGCACGUGAGCGCGCCGUGGCUCCCGCGGGCACGAUUCUAUCCACGGACGCGACAUUGUCGUCCCCCUCGUAUGCUGCACCUGGGGUCACACGCACGCUGCGUUGCAUGAUCAUCUUCAUUGCGCCACCUAGCAUGAAGGUACUGGAGCAGCGGCUGCGGGAACGCAAGAGUGAAACCGAAGCCUCGAUUCAGCUGCGGUUGAAGCUGAGCUGCCGGUUGAUGAAGUGGGCCACGGAGAACCAGUCAUUCUUUGACUACUACAUCGUGAACGACAACCUUGAGCACUGCUACGCUCAAGUAAAGGAAAUCGUGCAGGCAGAGGUGCUCAUGCUGGGGAGCUCUCUCUGA